GUUGGCUAAUUGGCUUGUCCAAAAGAUCUCUGAAUUUCAUUCAGUCAGGCUCCUAAACGUUGGAUGCAAAAGGCCAACAGCCCCCUUUAACUGCCCCCCUCGCUCCCCGCCCCGGUCAAAGAGCAACACCCAACCCCAGAUGUGGUUCCUCAUUAAUGCGGGGGCAGGGGACGACCGCAGGGAUCUGGUUCACGAAAGACCUGCUACUCUCAGCUGCAGCCUCUCAAAUGGCGGCGGUGAUAAAUCCUCUCUGCCUUCCUCUUCCGCUCUCCUUGAACAAAUCAAUCAGUCAAGAUGCAAAACGCAGCAGCAGCCUGUGUGGACCGAGGGAACCAGGGGGGGCUUCCUGGCAUUGGAAUUACUCUCUACAUGUGGGGUCAAUAUGUGCAGCGCUUGAGAGUGUGUGCUGGAGAGGGAGUGUGUGAGUCAAAAGUAGAGAGAGAGGAGGGGCUCCGGAGAGGGGGUGUUGUCAGGGUGUACCCCUCCCUUUGAAGGGCUAUAUAAAACAGAAGGGGGGGGAGAUGUUACCUUGGUCACUUUGAGACAACCUCACACUGGCUGGACCCACAGAUCCUACUGGGAGCUGCUGACAAGUUCUAGGAAGGACGGGCUCACAGUUGAUGGCUUCUCUCUGUUUGCUGGACUAGAAACAAGUUGGGGGAGGGCAAGAAGACGGAGCAUCGUCAGUCCAUCUAGCACCAGAACCAGAACCAUAGAAAGUUUCCAAACUUUUGGAACAUUUUCACAGCGGCAGCUCAGCCAUGAAGGUUUUCAACUUGCUGUACUUGUUGGUGCUGCUCACAGUGUUGGUGGCUCCUGUGUUUUCAGUCAGACCAGGUAAGACUCUACACAACUUUCUGAACCUGAGGAGAAAAUACCACAGGCACCACUGUCCACACAGACGCUGCAUGCCUCUUCACUCCAGAGUCCCGUUCCCCUGAGGCCGAGGAAACUCUUCAGAGGAGCGCGGCUGGAUGUGAUCCUCGGCGGCGUGGAUGGAUCAGUCAAGACAGACGGACGCAGGAGGUGGAGGAGAAAAAUCCAUGAAACGCCACUCAGAGACGGCCAUGAUGCACCGCCAAAGGGAGAACUUCAAAGUCAGCCUCUCCAGGAGACUUGAGAUGAAAAACUGUUCAUUCAGGACAAAGUAUAAACCAUAAAAGCUGACAGCGGCGCGGCGCUCACAGGUGUGACUUCAGAGACGUGGAGCUUCAUCCUGGAGUCACAUUUCAUAACCAAGAGAGAGAAGAUUUAUCAUGAAGAAUGUUCAGCGUUUAGCAGAAACGCUGCAGACCAAAGAAACUGAACAAAUCUGUUUAGAAUGUAUGUAUGUAUGCACUUGAGCUGCUGACUGAGAAACUUUUCCACCCGUUUAAUAAAAUGAAUGUGCAGUUC